AAUUUAGUUGCAUGUUUCGUAUUUCAGAUGAAGUUAGUAGUAGCAGCUGUUAUAUUAACCCUAGCCAGUAUCUCCGUGGGGCAGGAAGACCCUGAGGCUAGAUUACUGGUAUCGAAAAAUGUACUCAAUAACUAUUUAGUAGAAGGAAAAGAUUUAACAGUAGAAUAUAAAAUAUUUAAUGUUGGAGGAGGAGCUGCUCUAGAUGUUCAUCUUAAAGAUUCCAGCUUUCCUACAGCAGAUUUUGAAGUUGUUCAUGGAAAUUUAGAAGUUAUGUGGGAAAGAAUUAGCCCUGGUGCUAACAUGACACAUGCUGCUAUUUUACGACCAACAAAGUUCGGUUAUUUUAAUUUCACGUCUGCUGAGGUUGUGUAUUAUGGUAAAGAAGACAAGAAGGAACAAAAGUUUGGUUACAGCAGUGCCCCAGGUGAAGGAGGAAUUGUUAAUAAAAAAGAUUUUGAUAGAAGAUUCUCUCCCCAUGUGUUGGAUUGGUUAGUGUUUGCUGUAAUGACUCUCCCAUCUCUAGGCAUUCCAUGUUUAUUAUGGUACAGCAGUAGCCGACGAUUCACAAGUCAUGUUAAAAAACAAAAUUAAUAUCUUUUAUAUAAAACAAAAAAAACAUUCAUUUCUUAGUUCUUAUUCUCAAUUUUUAUCAUUUAAAGAUAAAUUAAAAUUUUAUAAAAUUAUAA